AUGGCUCGGCUAGCCCCGCUGCUCCUGACCUCCACCCUGAGCGCGCUGCUCAGCUUCGUGCUGCUGGCCACCGCGGUCGCCAGCGACUACUGGUAUAUCCUGGAGGUGGUGGACAGCGGAGAUCACAGCCACCACGGAGGCACCGAGCACCUCUCCUCCCACUCCGGGCUCUGGCGCAUCUGCGAAGGGGAAGACAACUGUGUGCCCUUGAUCGACCCAUUUUCAAGUGACGUACUGGAUGUCUCACCUUCUGUAAAAUAUCUGCUCUCCCUUCACCGUGCAGUCCUGGUGAUUCUGCCCCUGAGCCUCAUCUUCAUCAUGUGUGGCUGGAUCUGUGGCCUGCUGGGCUUCCUGGCUCAGAGCAUCCCUGUGCUCACCUUCACUGGCUGCUACUACUUGCUGGGAGGUGCCCUGACCUUGGCAGGUGUCAGCGUCUACAUCCAUUACUCCCACCAGGCCUUUGAGGAGACCACGCUCCUGUACGGUACCCAGCACGUGCAGGAUGUGCACGUCAGCUUCGGCUGGUCUCUGGUCCUGGCCUGGAGCUCCUGCGUCUUUGAAGCAGUCAGUGGUGCCCUCCUGUUCAUAGCUGCCCGACGCCUCAGUGUGAGGCAGCCCCCAGGAGCACCCCACUCUGUGAUCAUCUAAGGGUGUCAGGGUGGUGGGGAGAAGGCUUGGCUGCCCUUGACAUUUGCUGAGUCCUGGAUGGAUGGUGCCCUGGGGACAGCAUGUUGGAGAAGCUCUCCUCUGGA